UACUGCAGUAGUUUCCAAAUAAGGCGAAAAUUUCGUUCAAAUUACCUUUAAAAGUGCAAUAAGUAAUUCAAAUUCAAUGUUUUAAGUGAAAUUAUCAAGUGUGUGGUGCAAAAUGGCGCGCGGAUAUUUAGAAUUGUACAUAUUGUUAAGUUUUCCUUUAAUUUCUUUGUGUCAGCAAGAUUCUGGUAUUGUCUUUAAUUAUAACAACACAUACAAAUUUGACGUUGAAUACACUGUCAAUGUCAGUAAAAAUGUGGAAUACAUCAUGGAGUUUGCCGGGGACUCAUUCGACACCCCGGCGCGAGUGACUGUCGCCAGCAACUUCGCCAACAGCACAUUCCCUCUCUUUGUCACGGCGCGACAACAGAAAGGGGUGUCAUCCUGGCAGCUGCCCAUGGUGGUGGAGGUGCCUGGCAGCUUCCAGCAGUUCACCAACAUAUCGCGGACCCUCUGUCCUCACAACAACAUGUUCGCCGAGGAUGAGGACACGUGCGACGUCUCGAACCAGAACACUCCGCUCGUCCACCUAACGUCCUCCUCGCCGGAUCCCAUAGAAGUUACUAUUGUAGUAGAAACGGUCAAAGAUUUCUACAUAAAGCUUAAUACUACCACUAAUAUAACGGUGACGCCGAGCCAGCCGAAAUAUUACUUCUUCCCUUUUAAACAGGAAAAGGAAAUGGACUUAAAAAGACAAAGUGAGAAAAGGCAAUCCAUGUGCAGCGGAGAAGAGAAGAGCGUGUUUCUUGAGAAUAUCUUCGAAAGCCAAGAGUCAUACUCGUGGUUUAGGCAACCGAAGAGUGUGAUCGUCAUGAUAGAGUCAGAUGAUGAUGUCUGCGCUGUUAUAUCUAUACAGAAUUUUUCCUGCCCAGUAUUCGAUAAUGAGAGGAACAUACUAUACGACGGAUAUUACCUAACGAUGACGAGGCGAGGGGGUAUCACUUUAAAUCAAGACAUGUUCCCCGUGGGCUUCUACAUAGUUUUCAUAGUGAAAACUUCGGACGAGGACUGUACGGGACAAAACGCAAACAAAACUCUACCCACCAUGGCGCGGUACCUUGGCUGGGAGCAAAACUACGUAGCCACCACGGCGAGGACUAAGAACUUCACCCUUCGCAUCAUAGCGACGAUAUCUUACCAGGACUACAUGAUCGCAGCGGGGGCUGCGCUCGGCUUCUUUUUAUGUUUCUACGUGGCCUUUAUAAUCACGGUCGUGUAUCAACGACGCAAGGCGAGACAGGACGCUGAGGCUAACUUGAAUGAAGCGGAAUGCAUCUCAUCCCCCUCGACGCCGCACGACGUGGCCAACGUGUCCGUCCGCAGACGGCACGCCACGCCCAUCAACGUGAAAGCUGAGAGCUCGCGGUGUCUAGUGGGCGAGGGAGAUCGCAGGGACAUCGAAUGCAGUUCAUCAUCUGACACGGAGUCAGACUAUUCCACAUUGGAUGACAUUAACCGUGAGAAAGAUCUCAGGAUAAUGGGGAGGCUGUGUGUAGCCAACUUAGCCAGGUGUCGCCCUCGAGUGUUGCAAGCGCGAUCCAAAAUGUACCUCUGGAACGUUCUGACGGUAGCUGUGUUCUACACACUGCCGGUCAUACAGCUGGUGGUGACAUACCAAAGGUUGCUAAACCAGUCGGGCAACGCGGACUUAUGUUACUUCAACUCUUUAUGCGCCCAUCCCCUACUAGCCCUCUCUGACUUCAACCACGUGUACUCCAACCUGGGUUACGUGGUGCUGGGGGCUCUGUUCCUGGCCGCGGUGUGGCGCAGGCACGACUGGUACCAGGCCCGGCUUAGGCGAGAGAAAGAGUUGGGAAUACCACAGCACUUCGGUCUUCUAUACGCCAUGGGCAUAGCGCUUGUAAGCGAAGGCAUGCUCUCAGCUGCCUAUCACGUGUGUCCCAACAGCAUGAAUUUCCAAUUCGAUACGUCGUUCAUGUACGUUACGUCGGUACUAUGUAUGGUGAAGAUAUACCAGUCCCGGCAUCCCGACAUCAACGCGAGGGCUCACGCCACUUUCGGUGUUCUAGCUCUUAUUAUAUUUGUGGGUCUGGUGGGUGUGCUAAACGCUAACGUGUACUUCUGGGUCGCGUUCACAAUACUACACCUCACCACGUGUCUCAUCAUGACCUUUCAGAUAUACUAUCUCGGCAGGUUCCGACUGGAUAGCGGUGUGAUAUACCGUGCCACACGGGAGCUGGUUUCAAGGCCACUAGCCGCCAUAACACCUACGUAUGUUGGCCGCUGCGUGCUGCUCGUUAUAGCCAACUUGGCCAACUGGGCUAUUGCUGCUUAUGGAGUAGCACAACAUAGCAGAGACUUCGCGUCACAUCUGCUGCUAGUGCUGAUGAGUAAUCUGUUCCUGUACACUCUGUUUUAUAUCGUUAUUAAAUUGCUACAUAGAGAGUCUAUACAGUGGUACAGCUGGGUGUUCAUCGUGCUGACGUACACUACCUGGUUCAGCUCAAGCUAUUUCUAUUUGGACCAGAUCACCAAUUGGGCGUUAACCCCAGCCCAAUCUCGCCAGAGCAACCGCCCCUGCUCUUUGCUUCAACUGUACGACGCUCACGACAUCUGGCACUUCAUGUCUUCAAUCGCCAUGUUUUUCUCAUUCAAUAUGUACCUGACCAUAGACGAUAACCUCAUGGACACGCCCAGGAGCGAGAUUAUGGUAUUCUAAGUAACACUAG